AGUAAUAAGCAAUUGAACAGUUAGCUUUGACGUGUUUAAUAUACUUAAUAUGAACAAGUCACUGUUUGUUUCGUUUUGUUUCCUUGUUUCGUUUGUUAAAAUAGAAACAAAACCUUGCUACACGUGUCUCCAGGGAGGUGGGGGUUAUUUUGGCGGGUAUGGCAGCGGAUAUAGUAGCAACUAUGACUCCUUUGGCACCUUCUAUCGCAGCGGCUUUGGUGAUGGAAGUCAAAUGCUCGGUAAUUAUUUACAAGGUGACGCUGUUGGCGCUGGUGUUGAUCUGCUAGGUGCUGCUUUAGUACUCGGUCAAGGAGUUGUAAAUAGUGUUUAUCAAAAAAACAGUGUUGCUUGGGAUGGCAGAAGUUUUCAACACGGCGGUAACUAUCAUCGCGGAGGUGGUUUCCAAUAUGGUGGUGGCCACUUUCGCGGCGGUGGUUUUCAACACGGUGAUGGUUUUCAACAAGGUAGUGGAUCACAACAUACUGAGGAAAAUGGAAAUUCUGGUGGUAAAAGCGACAAUGGCAAUGGCGAGAAGAGUAGUCAAAUAUACAACAUAGGAAAUGGGCGCGAGAAUCGUAACACAGUUAAUAUAUAUUUAAAUAAACAAUGAGUGUUUAAUGAAAAAAUAUUGUUAUAUACUAUAUACCAUUGUUGUUAAGAAAAAUAAAGCUCUAUAAA